UGAUGGCUGGCUUAACUUGCAGACAUGAGAUUGGAGUCCAAACAAGUGCAAUAUCCUGUAACUCCCUGUAGAAAAUUAGUUGAUGACAUGCUUUACUUUUCUCAUAAAUUGAAACAUGACGCCAGAGUAGUCGAAGAAUCGAACGUGAGAACAGUAGAUGUGUCAAUCCUCAAGGGAAAAUGCUCACUGGCAAUGUCAUUGUGGUAGACGUAGGCUGAAAAACACUGCAUAAUGUCAUUGCCAUCCACUAUUCGUCUGAAUCUCACAGCAUUAUGUGGAAGGAGGCGUUGCACAGUCUGCUUGCUACAUACAACCCCCCUGAAGACUACUCUACAUAUCUUCAAUUAUUGCAGACCUGCAUUCUCAAGAACACGCUUUCGCAAGGGAAACAAGUCCACUCUUUCAUCGCUCACAGGCGAUUUGCCUUUGCUACACGCACAAUUUUUCAUAAUAAGCUUAUUCACGUGUAUGUCAAAUGCGGAAGUUUGGUGGAUGCCAGAAAAGUCUUUGACCAGAUGAAAGAACGAGACAGAGUCUCAUGGAAUACUAUUAUUGCGGCAUACAGAAGUCAUGGGUAUCCUGAAGAAGCAGUCACACUCUUUCACCAUAUGCAAGAAAUAGGUUUCCAGCCCGAUCAAUUUACAUUUGCCAGCGUACUCCCAGCCUGUGCCAAAAUGGGAGCUUUGGAACAGGGUAUGCACAUCCAUCAAAGCAUAAAGGAUGGAGGAAUUUUAUCAAAUGUUAUGGUUGCAACUGCACUGGUAGACAUGUAUGCCAAAUGUGGAAGCAUUGACAAAGCCCGUGAACUGUUUGACAGAAUCCCUCAAAGAAAUGUGAUCUCAUGGAAUGCCAUGAUUGCAGGAUAUGCACACAAUGGGUUUGCUGAAAAGGCUGUGGAAACUUUCAACCAAAUGCAAUUGACAGGUUUAAAGCCAGACUCCUCAACCUUUGUCAGCAUCCUCACUGCCUGUGCCAAAAUGGAAGCUUUGGAACAAGGUAUGCACAUCCAUCAAAGCAUAAAGGAUAAAGGAAUUUUGUCAGAUGUUGUAGUUGCAACAGCCCUUGUAGACAUGUAUGCAAAAUGUGGAAGCAUAGAAAAGGCACGUGAACUGUUUGACAAAAUUCCUCAAAGAAAUGUGAUUUCAUGGAAUGCCAUGAUUGCGGGAUAUGCACAAAAUGGAUUUGUUGAGAAGGCUUUAGAAACUUUCCACCAAAUGCAAUUGGCAGGCGUAAAACCAAAUUCCACAACCUAUGCCAGUAUCUUCCCUGCCUGUGCCAAAAUGGGAGAUUUGGAACUGGGUAUGGAAAUCCAUCAAAGCAUAGAGGAUAGAGAAAUUCUGUCAGAUGCUGUAGUUUCAACUGCCCUGGUAGACAUGUAUGGAAAAUGUGAAAAUUUAGAUAAGGCUCGUGAACUGUUUGACAAAAUUGCUGACAGAAAUGUGGUUUCAUGGACUGCAAUGAUUGCAGGAUAUGCACAAAAUGGAUUUCUCGCAAAGUCUUUGGAAACAUUCAAGCGCAUGCAAUUGGCAGGUGUAAAGCCAGACUCUACAACCUUUGUCAGCAUCCUCCCUGCCUGUGCCAAAAUGGGAGCUUUGGAUCAUGGUAUGGGCAUCCAUGAGAGCAUAAUGGAAUGGGGAUUUUCGUCAGAUAUUGUAGUUGGAAAUGCUCUGGUAGACAUGUAUGCAAAAUGUGGAAGCAUAGAAAAGGCACGUGAACUGUUUGAAAGAAUGCCUCAAAGAGAUGUUGCCUCAUGGAAUGCAAUGAUUGCAGGAUAUGCACAGAAUGGAUUUGUUGAGAAGGCUUUAGAAACUUUCAACCAAAUGCAAUUAGCACGUGUAAAGCCAAAUUCCACAACUUUUGCUAGCGUCCUCCCUGCCUGUGCCAAAAUGGGAGCUUUGGAACAGGGUAUGGAAAUCCAUCAAAGCGUUACGGAUAGAGGAAUUUUGUCAGAUGGUAUAGUUGCAACAGCCCUGGUAGACAUGUAUGCAAAGUGUGGAAUUAUAGACAAGGCACGUGAACUGUUUGAUAGAAUGUCUCAAAGAGAUGUCAUCUCGUGGAAUGCAAUGAUUGCCGGAUAUGCACAAAAUGGAUUAGUUGAAAAGGCUUUGGAAACUUUCAAGCAAAUGCAAUUGGCAGCAAUAAAGCCAAAUUCCGCAACCUUUGCCAGCAUCCUCCCAGCCUGUGCCAAAAUGGGAGCCUUGGAACAGGGUAUGUACAUCCACCAAAGCAUAAUGGAAGGGGGAUAUUUGUUAGAUAUUAUAGUUGGAAAUGCUCUGGUAGACAUGUAUGCAAAAUGCGGAAGCAUACACAAGGCACGUGAACUGUUUGACACAAUGCCUCAAAGAGAUGUUAUCUCAUGGAAUGCAAUGAUAGGAGGAUAUGCACAAAAUGGGUUUUGCAAGGAUGCUCUCAAAAUCUUUGAAUUAAUGAAGCAUUCUGGAAUAUAUCCUGACAUUGUAAGUUUUGCUUGUGUUCUAUGCGCAUGCAGUCAUGCAGGUUUAGUGGAUGAAGGCUGUACCUACUUCAAUCAAAUGAGUCACUCUUAUUCUAUUACACCUACAGUUGAUCAUUAUGUUUGCAUGGUUGACCUUCUUGCCCGUGCUGGCUAUCUAGAGGACACCUUAAACUUUAUCAUUAAGAUGCCAGUUAAACCUGUAACGCUUGUGUGGCUGUGCUUUCUUGGUGCCUGUAGAUCACAUAUGAAUAUAGGCUUAGGAGUAUUUUCAGCAAUGCUACUUUUCGAGCUGUAUCCUAAAAAUGCUGCCAGUUAUGUUCUUCUCUCAAACAUCUAUGCAGAAGUGGGCAGGUGGGAUGAGGUUCAAAUGGUAAGGAGGUUGAUGAAAGAUAGAGGAAUUAAUAAGAUCCCUGGAUGUAGUUGGAUUGAAGACCAUAAAAUAGUACAUGCAUUUUGUGUAGGAGACGGAUCACAUCCACAGGCACAGGAGAUCUAUGCAAAGUUGGACAAUUUGGCUUGGGAGAUGAAAGCAGCAGGGCAUUUUCCAGAUUCAAGACAGUUAGAUAACGAUGUCGAAGGGAAAAAGAAUUAUUUCUCGGCCACCAUAGUAAAAAAUUGGCAAUUGCAUUUGGUUUGUUGAACACACCCCAUGCAACAACUAUUAGAGUUGUUAAGAACCUUCGAAUAUGUGCUGACUGUUAUGCUGGUAUGAAAGUUAUCUCCAAGAUUGUUGGAAGAGAAAUUGUUGUGAGAGAUGGAAGAGAAAUUGUUCCCACCAUUUUAAAAGCAUGGACAAUGUUCCUGUGGAGGUUAUUGGUGAUGCUAACUGAAUCAAUAUGGAAAGUUGGAUUGCAUUAUAUUAAUGUGCACUGACUAGCAUAGCUCUAUUUCACUUUCUAGAAAGUGUUUUCUUUGGGUUUAGAGUAUUUGGCAUUCUAGAGCAUGUUGUUGGCUUUGUAGAAUUAGAUGUAUAGAGUGUAAUGCUGAUCAUUGCUUAUAUGUGCUAUGGGGUAUCUAUCAAAGAUAUGUUUUAUGAUAAAUAUAGAUAUUUCAUGAAAUUAUUUUCAUGGAAUGUGCAUAUGUAUGAAAUGAAAAGGUAGAUAGGAGGUGGAGAAUGGGAAGAAAUUAAUGGUGAUGAAAACUUCUAAGUAAAUGGAAAGAUGCUUGAUUGAAAAGAAAC